GUAUCCGAUCCACAUGCCAGUGCCGAAGAUGAUCAAGGGAAUUAGAUAAUUAGCCUAUGUUCUUCGGCCUGUCUGUGCCGCAGAGACGAUUACAAGAAUAACCUUCUUAAUAUCUUGUGUCUCCAGUUUAAAGAAUUAAUCUCUGUGCGUAACAAUAUUUCUGUACAAGGCAUUUGUGUUGAUGCACGCGCAGACUGACGUAGGCGACAGUAAACGAAGAGACCCACGCCGAAUUGUUGUCUGCUUUAAAUUUGUAUUUUGUUGAAGGUAUUGGAAGCCUGUUGUCAUCUUGUCGCACAAGGUCACAAUCAAGUCAUGAGUAAAAGAGAAGGGGAAGGAUGUCCCCGCAAAAGGAAGACCGAUGUUACACAGACUCAAAAGAACGAUCAACGUGAAACUUCUAACAUUAACCCAUCUUCAGCUGUGCUAUCUGCUUUCAAAGUAUUUCAGCAGGAGCUUGAUACCAAACAUGACAAGUAUGAGCGAUUGGUUAAGCUAAGUCGUGACAUCACAAUUGAGAGCAAGAGGACCAUUUUCUUGCUUCACAGGGUUACCAGUGUCCCAAAUGUGGAGGAGGUGUUGGAAGAAGCAGAUGGUAAGCUGGAUGCCGUGAGGCAGAAGAUCGGGCAGAUCGCUGAAGAGCUGAGAGGGGAAGACUUGUAUCAGUUCCACAGAGCUUUCACCCCUGGCAUUCAGGAGUAUGUUGAGGCCGUGUCUUUCCAGCAUUUCAUAAGACAUCGCACCCUGAUCAGCCUGGAGGAGAUCAAUGCCAGGCUGGUCUUCAUGAAGGGCGAAAAGGCAGAGGCCAAGAGUGACCAAGUCGUGACCCCAUGCCAAGACCCGGCUGUCCUGACCUUCCAGGUGACCCCCACCGACUACCUUCUGGGCGUGGCCGACCUGACGGGCGAGCUGAUGCGCAUGUGCAUCACCAGUGUGGGCAACGGCGACAUGGACACGCCCUUCCAGCUGGGCAGCUUCCUGCGCGAGGUACACGACGGCUUCGCCUUCAUCGGUAACACGGGGCCCUACGAGGUGUCCAAGAAGCUGCACACACUCCGCCAGAGCCUGGCCAAGGUGGAGGAUGCCUGCUACACUCUGCGCGUGCGCGGCUCCGAGAUCCCCAAGCACAUGCUGGCCGACGUCUUCUCCAGCAGGGCCGUGCUCCUGGACACAGACGAAGGCAUGGGCUAGCUGAUUCAAACUGAGCUCCUCCACUCCUGUGCUAUAAGUAUUAUUAUGUUCUGCAUAGCCGGAGCAUUCAUGCAUGUUUUCCAUAUGUGUCCAGUCAGGUGGUAUUUUGUUGAAGUCGUUUUUUGUUUGUGGGAGGGUGAAGCUCUACCCGCUGGGUGUAACCUCCAGUUAGACGUGGAGACUGUUGUUGAAAAGUGCAUUGUUUUCUUGUUGCAAACUGGUCUUUCAUAAUGAUGUAAAUGUGAUGUAUCUUGUUUAGUUUAUCGGUUGACGUAUUUGCAUCGGAAUUCAGCAGUGAUAUGAUCUGCAAUGUAAAUUACUUUUUAAUUAAAACACUUUUGUUACAAA